AUGGAGACAGAGAGGCGGGAAGGGACCAAGUGGAGGUACAGACGCAUAGUCACAGAGAUUGACGAUGACAGUUCCCGAGUAUUGAGGAAACCCUUCAUCCAGGAAGUCAUUAAGUAUCUGCAGGACUCAGCAAGCAGAAGAGACCUGCAGUUCCUGUUGGCCAAAAAAGACGCUUGGAAGGUGGUGGCAGAGGCUGAAUUGUCCAGAGAUGAGGAAGCUGCACUGCGUAAGGCUCUGGAGCAGCUCCCAGUCGUGGAGGACAAAGAACGGCUUCAAAAAGAACUGCAGGACAGGAAAAGGUUUGUGGAAGAAUUUCCUCAGUUGAAAAAGAAGAUAGAGGGAAACAUCAGGAAGCUCCGAGCUCUGGCUGACCACGUUGACCAGGUGCACAAGGGCUGCACCAUCUCCAACGUGGUGACCAACACCACUAGCGUUGCCUCUGGAGUCCUGGGCAUCCUGGGUCUAGCUCUGGCACCUGUGACAGCAGGGGGCAGUCUGCUGCUCUCAGCCACUGGGGUGGGGCUGGGGGCAGUGGCUACUGUGAUUGGUGCUGCCACUGUAGUUGUGGAAGAAACAAGCAAGUGGUCAGAUGAAGCCGAAGCCAAGCGCCUGUUGUCAGACACCAUGGAUACUAAGAAGAAGGUUCCUAUCCUGAAAAAGAUUGUUCACACACUUUCUAGAGACUUCUAUAAUGUCUUCAAACAAUUGAAAACCUUGAGACAAAACAUCCGUGCCACUGGGGAUGCCAGAGCCAACCCUCACUUAGUGGCAGAUGCCAAGCUCCUCAUGACUGCUAGAAGAAUCUCUGCCCAACAAGCUAGUCAGGUGAAGAAUGUCUUUGAAGGCACUGCUCUGGCAAUGACCAAAAAGGCCCGAAUCAGAGGGGCAGCCAUUGCAGGUGUCUUCCUCGCAGUCGAUGUGUAUGACCUUGUAAGAGAAUCUAUGCAUUUAUAUGACGGAGCAAAGUCAGAGUCAGCCAAAGAACUGCGGGCGCUGGCUCAGGAGCUAGAGGAGAAGGUGAGAGAGAUUGCCAAGAUCCACAAGACCCUCCAGGUUUCUUAGUGACAGCCUCCCCUGAGCAACCCAGAGGUCAGCUGAGAUGACUUAGACCCAUUAGAGACACUGAGGCAUUUUGCUGGAGGAAGAAUGAGGUAGUUAGUCUUAACAGUCACCUCGACACAAUCUAGAAUCCUGUGGGAAGGCAAUCUCGAUGAUUGUCUAGCUCAAGCUGUUGUGCUUGGGAGAGAUUUUUCUUUAUGACUCUAAAUUCCUUCACUAUGCGCAGCACUGUUCUCUAGGUAUGGUUCUGAACUGUAUAAGGAAAAGCAGGCUGUGCACCGGUAAGCAUGCAUGCAGGAACUCACUUCUCAUUGCGCUGGACUGUGGAUGCACUGUGACUAGUUGCUUUGACUUCCUGCCUUGACUCCCUCAAUGAUGGACUAUAGCCUAGAACUACAAGCUGAAUA